GUAAUCUUAUGAAAUUUGUGGUGCCAUUUUCACAAAUACUUUUUAAAUAUUUAAUCUAAAACUUAUAUAAUGCCUAAUCAAUUAGUUGGAUUUUUUCUACAUACUUUUAUUAAAUUUACUAUAAAACUUAUUAUAUAUAGUGGUGCUGUAUAAUAUUUUUUUAUAUUGUUAGUCAUUUAUCUGUAAAUACACAAUAUUAUAUAUAAGUAUCUUUCUAGACCGUUUUAGCAAAAGAAAGUUGAUUUUUUGGCUGACUAAUAUUGUGAUCAAUAUGGUAAUUGGUAAAUGUUGGAGAUGUAAGUUUGGCCGCCAAACAGCAAUCUAAACGUGUAGCAGUCGAUUUUUACUAUAUGUACGACUUAUUAAAGCUUGGUGUAGGUACUCUUCUAGCUCUCAAUCGCAAGCAAGUCCUCGUUGGCGUCGAUGGCCUGAAACACCAUUUUGAUAAUAUUGAGGCAAAACGUAAAUGAUGUAAAAUUAUAGGGACUAAAACCUGUGCUCUAAACAAAAAGACGACAGAAAGCAAAAAAAGAAUGUAGCUUUUAAGAAACAAGAUCUUAUUUAAGAAAGAAGCUUCUCUCUCAGAUAGACAGAAGAAGGCCACGAAAGAAUAAAAUUUUUUAAGACCUAAGGGUCCUUCCUUGGUCGGUUAAAGAGAAAUGUUGUGUAGAAUGGUGGUGGUGAAUGGCCGGAAGAAGAAACCCGGUUUGGUUCCGGUUUACCUGAAUGUAUACGAUCUCACUCCCAUCAAUGGCUACGCUUACUGGCUAGGACUUGGAGUCUACCACUCUGGUGUUGAAGUUCAUGGGGUUGAAUACGGUUUCGGAGCUCACGAGCAUUCAACAACGGGGAUCUUCGAGGUGGAACCGAAGCAGUGUCCAGGCUUCACUUUCAGGAAGUCUAUUUUGAUUGGAAGAACAGAGUUGGAUCCUCAACAAGUCUGUGCCUUUAUGGAGAAGCUUGCCGAAGGGUACUGCGGAAACACGUACCAUCUCAUUACCAAGAACUGUAAUCACUUCUGCAACGAUGUUUGUGUUCGGCUGACAAGAAGAUCUAUCCCUAGUUGGGUUAACCGUCUUGCUCGCUUCGGUUUGUUCUGCAACUGUGUUCUUCCUGCAGAGCUGAACGAGGCAAAGGUGAGGCAGGUGAGAUCAAAAGAGGAGAAGAUCCCGGAAGUGAAGAAACUUAGGAGCAGGUCAAGUAGGUUUCCACCUAGCUCUUCACUUUCUUCAUCAGGUUCUUUAAACCGAAACCGAAGAGGUGAAAGGAGAAGACAACGUCUUCCUCCAACACCACCUGUGAGUGCUUAGCUCUAGUCCUUAUAAUGAUCCCAAGAAGUUAUGUUUUAUGUGAAACAAUCAUUUUCUUGAUGAUAAUGGUAUACGAUCUUCACAUUA